AUUAGAGAGAGGGCGAGUGCAGACGUAUCACGUGAGCGGAAGUGUGUGACGUCAUCAAAACAGUGUCGUCUCCCAGUCGUGUCCGGUUUCUCCGUCUCACUCCGUGUAUAUUUUAAACGUGUCAAGCUGCAGACAUGUUUGAUUUCAUAAUUCAUUGGGUGUUUUACUUUGAGAGAACCAAUUAAGGCCGUCAACACCGUCGACACGACGUUAGUUCUCGACUCUCGGUCAGUAGUGAAGGUGUGAUGAUGGUGGAGCAGUCAGACCGAGCUCCGCUGCUCGACUGGGAGGAGGAGGUCGCGCGGGCCGAACAGACCCCCGCCGGACCUGCUGCUCAGAGCGGCGACACAGAACCAACGGCCCGCGGACCACCGGGCAAAACUGCUACGAGUAACAUCUGGAGCGCGAGCGCGGGUGGUGCAGGUAGUGUAACAGCUGUUAAAGGCAGGGGAAUCAGCACGCGCCCUGGGCCGGAGGGGGAUGCUUAUGCUUCAGGCACAGAUGAGGAAGGAGAUUGUGCCUUCCCUGGAACCUCCAUCAAAACUCGUGCAGUCCCGGGCUGGGAAGAGAAAGACCAAAUUGUUUCAGUGUUUGUGGUGACCUUUGACACGAGAUCAGGAAACAUUGUAGAGUGGUGCUUACCUCAGGAUGUCAACCUGGAUGGUGUGGAAUUCAAGUCGAUGGCCAGCGGAUCUCAUCGAAUUGCAAAUGAUUUCAUAUAUUUUCGAAAAGGCUCUUUCUUUGGGCUGGCAUGCUUCGCCAAUAUGCCUGUGGAGAGUAAGCUGGAGAGGGGGGCUCGAAUGAAAUCUGUCGGCAUCCUGUCACCAUCAUACACGCUGCUCUACCGCUACAUGCACUUUUUAGAGAACCAGGUCAAGCACCAGCUGCAGUGUCCGGGCCAGUAUUCACCACUGGAGGCAUUUUACGAGGAUAAGAAAGCUGUGCUUCCGUCUGGAGGUAACGGUCUGGUCACGGUCUGCCCGACCAGUACCAUGGUAAACCGCUGCAUGCAUCCAGAGAUGAAGAUCACACAUCCUGCUGGAUGCAUGUCUCAGUUCAUCCGUUUCUUUGGAGAGCAGAUCAUGGUGUUGUGGAAGUUUGCCUUGUUAAGAAAGCGUAUUCUUAUCUUUUCUCCUCCACCUGUUGGCGUGGUCUGUUACCGAGUGUACUGCUGUUGCUCCCUUGCUAAUGUGUCCAUACCUGGGAUUGGUGGCUCCGUACCAGAGUUCCGCCCCUUCUUCUAUAUCAAUGUUGCUGACAUCACAGCUCUGGAGAAGGAAUUGUCCUACGUGGCUUGCACUACAGAGAAGAUUUUUGAAGAAAAGAAGGAGCUUUAUGAUGUCUACAUUGACAACCAGAAUGUGAAGACACACAGAGAGAGCCUGCAGCCUCUGCUGCGAAUUAACAAUGCUGACAGGGAGAAGUAUCGCAAACUCAGUGAACAGAGGCAGUUGUUGCUGUAUUCCCAGGAGGUUGACGGUGACUGCACCUCUAGUGAGGAAGACCUCUUCAUUCUGUUCUUUAUGGAGCAGAACAACCGUAUCUUUCAAACUCUGCUAGAGGUUGCAGGGAGUUCAGAUCCCACCCUGACUCCUGAGCAUGUGCGUGCUAUGGGCUUGGAUCCACAGGCGGACCGUGGCUUCCUUGUGGAUCUGCUGGAGGUCUAUGGCAUUGAUGUCAUGCUGGUUAUCGACAAUCCAUGCUGCCCGUAAGGCCAGAGAGAUUUCUCUCUCACUUUCUUCAUCUAUGUCUCACUUAUCACUAAUGCUCUCUCUGGAUCCGUAAGCCUUGCUUGGCUGGAACACACUGCCUGACUCCCUCCUUUCCUCUUUGUCUUUCUCUUUUUCUUGGCCUGGGUGUCUCAGGAGCCAGUACUGACCCCUGGCCUCACCGCUGGAGCAAAAUGAUACAGCCUCUUCAGGCUCUGAUACACUGCUGCCUUCACGCCCCUGACGUCUUUCUGCUUAUGUAUGUCUGUGUGUUUGUGUGUUUUCUCAGUAUCUUGACAGCUACCUGUGGGUUUCUUCCCUAACUGCACCUACUCUAAUGUCCUGAAAAAUGAAAAAAAAACUGAUCUCUGUGCCUAUUUGUUACUGCUUGAUUUGUGGACCUCAAUUGUGACUCUUUUCUUCUAGCCAGUGCUGUUUUUGAGACCUGAUGUAAUGGCCCUGUUUGGGUCUUCAGUGUGCUUCAUCUGAGCCCCACAGACUUAAAGUAAAGAAAUGGAAACACAUUCAACCUUCUGUCCAGAUGGUUUUCUUGCUGGUGAAGGAGGGUGACUGAAAGCCAAUGAGCCACUUCAUGGUUAUACAACGGUUUCUGCAGAUAAAAGGUUCAUGACCGGAACCAUUUAAUUGGACCACAUUCCCUGCAGUGUUUAUUAAGUUGAAUCCAGCUGAAUUCAAAUUUUAUUUUCCAAAAACAAAAUGGACAUUCUCUCACAAUGGACUCUCUGUCUCCCACUGUUUGUUGUUUUUUUUUUUUGUCAAACUUUAUGCCUACACCUAAUGACUGGAUAAGUAACAAAGGAAGAAGUGAAGUAUUUAGAGUGCUACUAAAUCUUUUUAGAAUUCAUCAUUUAAAAAUUCUGGUCUCCAGAGUGAUGAUGGGUCUGGAAUGUCAAUUCAUGAUUAAAGACUUCAGAUAUAAUCCUUCAGUUAUGAUCAUGGACCACAUUGGAUUCAAUGCAAAUUCUGUUGAUUCUGAAUCACUGUAAUUUGAAGAGCAGGGCUGGAAAACCUGCAACAUCUGGAGAUGUCUGGCAUUGGUUUUGGCCAACUAAAUGAAUUGAAGGUUGUGUUUUUGCCCUUGGUUUAAAUGUUGCAUUAUAGUUUUAUACACCAGGAGUCUGUGCACUAAAAGAUAAGUAACUUAUUUGGACUGCUUCUAUAAUAUAGAUACAGUAGGCACGAAUGCUAACACCACAGACAGGGGUGUGUGUGUAUAUGUAUGUUUAUAUAUAUAUAUAUAUAUAUACACAUACAUACAUACAUAUAUGUACAUAUAUGUAUUUGUGCUGAAUACAUUCCUCAUUCUUGGUGUUGAUUGCAAGUUUGAAGCACAUUUGAUAAACACGAAUAUAUGAAAAAUAUGAAUGUGAUUCUAUCAGUGAAUGCUGUAUUGUUCAAUAACGUUUUGUAGACUUUUUUUCUGUGUAAGCUGGGUUUGCAUUUGCAACGAGCAAUUAUUUGACUCAAUUACUUUUUAACCAAACUAAAUCACAUGGCCAUUCUGGUAUACCGGCAAAGUCAGCUGCUGCUCCUUAAACGAAUUUAUUCAUUCAGCACCAGUUAAUAGAUUGCAUUCAGUUCACACUACAUUAAUUGUAACCCAUGACUUGUACAAGGAAGAGUAUCUUGCACUUACGAAAUCUGUUCUGGUGUUUAGGGCCUGUGGAACUUUACAUGCAACAAAUCCUACUGUCUUAAAUCCAGUACUACAGAUUUGUGUUCAAUCCACAUACCAGGCUGACUGCAAGACAUUUCUGUGAAUGAGUGCAGGCGCUCGUUGUUUGACUGGGACACAAGAAUGCUUUUACUAUUAAACUCGAAAGAUUUUACCAGUAAAUGAACACAUACUCUGUCCUACAUGCCCAUAGAGGUUAUAUGGUGAAAUUGCUGAUGAUUUUUAAAAUAUAUAUAUCAUGUAUUAGCUAUUCUUUUCCUCAUAAUUAAUAAUUUAUAAACCGAGUUAAGUUGAUCUUGAGAUAGUGUACAGUAAUGAUUGUGUAUGAAUCAACUGUGUAAGAAUUCUUAAACAAAUAGGUGUUGACUAAGCAUUAAAAUGUCAUUAAUGCAUACAGAUUGGAGAAAUGUUCAGCUCCAUUUAACUGCCGUCUGUAGUCAUUUAACACAUUGUUUUCCAUCCUGCUGCAUGUGGGUGGUUUUCUUUCUUUUUUUUGGUCUAAACACACUUUUUACUGCCAUCUUGAAAUAAACUCUCUUCACCGAC